ACACACACGCAGACGCAGCGCAGCAAACGAGAUUUAAAAAAAAAAAGCAGCACCCAAACGAAAACCCCCGAACCAGAGCGCGGCCGCAGCGCUUGCUUCGCUCAUCGGAGCUCCGGCCACCUCGGCGUCGGCGCGGCGCAAUCAGGUGCGGUUCCGGCCACUCCCCCAGCGCAUCCAGCCGCUACAUUCCUCCCCGAUAGAUCGCGCGCUCCGCGAGGUCAAGCGCUUGAAGGGACCCACAAUCUUGCAAUGCAAGCAAUUCAGAUUCAGCCAAACAGCCAGCCUGGGCUCCAGAUUCGUAAUCUCCCAGUAAAAAAGCUUGGAGGGGUGAUCUUUGGAUGCAAGCCUGAAACAAUUGAAGAAUGCUUCAAAAAACAGCUCUUUGGUCUUCCUUCAGUCCAUUAUUCAUAUGUGAAGAAUGUCAAACCUGGCAUGCCUUUGUUUCUAUUCAAUUAUACUGACAGAAGACUCCAUGGUAUUUUUGAGGCUGCAAGUCUUGGUCAGAUGUCUAUUGAUCCAUAUGCUUGGAGUAAUGAGGACUCAUUAACAACACCUUUUCCUGCUCAGGUUCGUAUUCGCACAAGGACUCGGUAUAUACCAAUGCUGGAGAGCCAAUACAAAACAGUGCUUGGUACUAACUAUUAUGAUCGUCAUCUGUUCUACUUUGAGCUGGACCAUACACAGACAAAAGCUUUAAUUUCUUUGUUCAAAUCACUUCUCCCUAUUAAUUUCAAUCAAGUUCCAGCUGCUUCAAGCAAAAAGAGUAUUGUUGUGUCUUUACCACCAACUAAAAGGAAGGCACCAGUUCUACCUGACCCAAAAAAAGUUAAAGCAAAUUCAAAGGAUAUCAAUCCAUUUAGUGUUUUAUCAAAUGCAAGUGAUGGUGUUCUACAAAACUGGGUUGAUUCUGAUGUGGAAAAUGCUAGCAUCAAUGAAAAUUCACACAGUGAUACUGAUGAGAAGGAAUUUGAGGAGCCAGUUUCUGAUUGGGAGGAUUUGGAUGACAAUGCUCUGCAAUACCAGUUUAGUCCUCAUUCAAAUCCAGAUGAGAGUCAAAACUCCUCAUACAAAACAGUUUGCCAAGGAAUGGAGCUUCCUGAAUGUAUUCAUCCAGUUGUCAAUCCUGUGAAUGAAGAAAAACACACCAUGCUUGUACAUAAUGAGCAUAAAGCUGCUGUGAGUAUUGACAAAAUAGAGAGUGAAGUUAAUAAUAUCCCGGGUGGUGUUGGGCUACAGCCUGAAAGGCACACUAUCCUGAAAAAGCUGAAAGAGUUGUUUUCCAUACGACAGCAGGCGGCACUGUCUUCCCAGGAUUGUGUUAAUUCAAGCCCAGAUCAAUGUGUACCUGAAGAAACAAAGGUCAAUGCAAACCUGUCCUGUGGCCCAUUUGAUGGCACUGUGGAAGAUAAACCCUCCUUUGAGGAACACCGUGGAGAAUUUGCUGAGCUCCGACAAAUCAUUGCUGAUUUAUCCAGGAGGGCUGAAGCAUUGGAGAAAAAGCAGAAAGGGUCAGAUCAAGAUAUACUAUUUUUGAGGGAAGUUGUUAAAGAUUCAGGAAGAAAAGUACAGCAGCUGGAAUAUCUUGUAGAUGAGUUACAAUUCCGAUUUGACUCUUCAUUGCCUCUUCUUGGAAGCACGCGCAAGCCAUCGAUAUUCCUGAUAGGUGGUUACAAUGGCGUGACCUGGUUACCAUCUCUUGAUUCCUUUUCUCCUGAGAAAGACACACUGAUGGGUCUUGCACCAAUGAGUGUCGCCCGCUCAUAUGCAUCUGCUGCUGCAUUGGAUGGUCACAUAUUUGCUUUCGGUGGUGGAGGUGGCAACUCAUCAUGGUAUAACACAGUGGAAUGCUAUAGUUCAAGGAAUAACGAGUGGAUAGAAUGCCCCUCAUUGAACCAAAAGAAAGGAAGUCUUGCUGGUAUCAGUCUUAAUAGCAAAAUAUAUGCUAUUGGUGGAGGAGAUGGAAAUGAAACUUUUUCAGAAGUUGAGAUGUUUGAUCCAUAUCUCGGGAAAUGGAUAUGUGGUCCAUCUAUGCUGAUUUCUCGAUUUGCUCUUGCCGUAGCUGAAUUGAAUGGCACCAUCUACGCAACUGGUGGAUAUGAUGGAAGCACGUACUUACAAUCAGCAGAACGGUACGACCAAAGGGAGGGUGUCUGGGCCCGUCUUCCAAGUAUGAGCACAAAGAGGGGAUGCCAUGCCCUAACUGUCCUGGGAGAAAGCCUAUACGCAAUGGGAGGAUACAAUGGGGACAAGAUGGUUUCUAGCGUUGAGAUCUUCGACCCUCGCCUCAAUGCCUGGAGGAUGGGAGAUCCCAUGAGCACCCCAAGAGGAUACGCUGCUGCAGUUACUCUGGAUGGAAGCGCGUAUUUAAUCGGUGGCCUGAAGUCCAAUGUGCAGAUCCUGGAUACCGUGGAGGUUUAUAACGCGAGCUCCGGCUGGUCAGCUCUCGGUUUCAGUUCACUCGGGAAGAGGACCUUUGCAUCUGCCGUGGCCAUGUAGUUACUGAUCAGAUCAGGAGGUUAACUAGUGUUAAUAACAUCAGGUUUAACAUAGUUGCUGCCUUUCGCAAGGAAUAGUAGUUAGGGUAAAGUGGGUGCCGAUGUGUAUUGUGUUUGGAUCUUCAUCAGGGUAAAUCAUCCGAAUGGUAUGGGAGACUGGGUACGUGGCCCGUGGAUUGACCGUUGAACCCUCGCUGACUGUCAGUCUUGAGAACCCAUGCAUGCAUUCGCUGUUGUAUGCGUGCCACUGCCACGCCGUUGAACUUAGCUGUACUAUCAGAUAGAUAGUGAUACCCAAACUCACGGAGUUUAAUGGAACAGGAUAGAAUGCUGUGCAUGGGGUUUGUUGCUUCC